AUGUCGAUAACGGCUGGCGUUCCUCAAGGUAGUGUACUCGGGCCUAUGCUGUAUAUCAUCUAUACUUCAGAUAUUCCAACUAGCAAGGUUAUACUCACAUCCACCUUCGCUGAUGAUACCGCCUUAGUAAGUCGUAAUAAAUGUCCCAACAGAGCUUCAAGAGUACUAGAGGAACAUUUACUACGCAUAGAAGAAUGCCUGGCAAACUGUCGCAUAAAAGUCAACGAACAGAAGUCCAAUGAGGUGACAUAUCUAGGAAUACACUUGGAUAGGAGACUAACUUGGCGCAAACACAUAUCAACCAAGAUUACACAAAUGAAGCUAAAGUCAGCUAGCGUGAACUGGCUUAUAAACAAAUUUUAUAUAUUUCAGAAGAUAUAUUUUACUGAUGCAAAGUUUCCGUAUUAUGGGUUGUAUUACUACAAUGAGGGCAGAAAUCCAGUGGAUGUUAAGAAUCAUCGAUUCGAGGGCGCCCCGGUAAUUUUUAUUCCAGGAAAUGGAGGUUCUUAUAAGCAGGUGCGUUCUCUAGCAUCUGUAGCUUUAAAAAAAGGAAGAGGAAGUGUUACUGGCAUGCAUUUGGAUUAUUACACAAUCGACUUCAACGAAGAGCUUUCAGCGCUUUAUGGAAAUUAUUUAGAAAGACAAACACUAUAUUUGAAACAUUGUAUAAAUACCGUUAUAAAGCUUUAUAUUAAUAGUAAAGUAGCGGAAAGAAAAGUGAUAUUGAUUGGUCAUUCCAUGGGUGCUGUGGUAGCACAUGCCGUAUUGAAAGACAUUGAAAUAUCGAAAUACAUCAAUACAAUUAUUUCUUUAGCUGCUCCUAUAAACAAACCUGUGUUAAUUUUUGAUGAAAAAAUUGAAGUUUUUUACAACGAUAUAAAUAAACAUUUGUCCAAUGUGCGUCCGUUCUUCAAAGCAGAUAAAAAUACAAGUAUUUGUUCAACCUCAUACAGUCGUCGUUUACUGAAUAACCAUUUCGAUUAUGAAAACGUAAUUUUGAUAGAUGUACUGCUUAUCUCCAUUGGAGGUGGAAAUCGGGAUUUACUAGUUCAACCUGGGUUCACGAUUUCAAAAUUUAGCGAUAUACAUUCCAUGACUAUGUCAAUACCGAAAGUAUGGAUAAGUUGUGAUCAUUUGUCGGCAGUUUGGUGUCUUCAGCUAGUACAUGUAAUAAACAGAUAUCUGUUUGACAUCGCUAGGAAGGACGACUACGGUUACGUGUAUUUCAUUAAGGAUAGAGUAGUCCGUGAGCAGGUUGCGCUCAACUAUUUUGUGAGACUAAAUACAUUGCUACCUAAAAAAAUCAAUAUCGAAAGGAAAGCCGCAAUUGACACAGUAUGGAGUGAAGAUUCAAGAAGAAUAUUUUCGAAAGCAUUUAAAAAUGGAGUUAGACGUAAUUUUAUUCAGUUGAUACCCUUGUGGCAACACGUUUUGCAUCAGAAACUAUACAUUGAUGUUAGUCAACUGGAUCAUGGAGACUGUCUGUUUGGAUGUUCGAGAACAUCAAGUUCGAACGAAAGCAUUUUGUGUAAGGACGGAAUUUCUCUCUUACAUCAUUUUCAAAUAUUACCAUCGCUUAAUAACCAAAUGCGAUCUGUGGCAGUACUUGAUAUCGAAAACUUAAGGAACGCAUAUUUAAACUGGAGCCAUAUUGGUCUGUUCGUCCAAGCAACGAGAACACCGAAAUUUUUUAACGUAGAUGUGCAUAAAACUAGUGAGAGGCACAUCUCCUUUAAAUUUCCGCGGUGGUUCACUUUUCAAGAAAUUAUUUUGGUAAAUGAAAGCACACAAGGGACUUCAUAUUACAAACUUUUUAUACAAGGUCUCGAAGAAACAUAUCCAACCAUGGAAUUGAUAAUUGAACCAGUAACCUGUAUGGGGCGCUUGAGUCAAAUUGCUAUUAAAAUGUGCAUACCCUGGGCUCCCGGUUUUACCAAAUACCAAAUUCUUCGAGAUCCAUCAGCUGAACCAUUUUAUGUUAAUGCUCCAGUUCCCAGCCCUUUUGGCUAUAAUUCUUCGAUUAAUCCCAUUUCAUUAGAAAUAUUUAUGGAUCCAGUAUGCCGAUAUCAUAUAAGUUAUAAGUUUUCCGUUGCGGGUACAAUGGCGAAAAUCGUACAGCAAUUUUAUCAAUGGUUGCCGGCACAUCUAACAGCUAUAAUAUUUAUUAUACUGAAGAAUCAAAUUUGGAAAUUGAAUGAGGAAACUAGUGCAAAAGAUGUUCGACCUCUACAUAGGUACUUUCAAUAUGACUCUCUAUACAUUAUUGCUGGUUGUCGUUUAUUGGGCAAAUUCUUGACACCGAAUGAAAGCAAUGGCGCAGUUCGCGAAUUAUCACUUUAUUUGGUUGUUAUUAUUCACAGCAUGGCUAUAGUAUUAUCAAUACUUAUUGUUUCUUUCAUUUGGAUUUUAAUAAUUGUUAGUGCAAGCGGACUCUCGAGAAUAUUUAACUGGUGUUUUCAAAAACUCGGACCAAUAUCAGAUAAUUUGCUAGCGCUAUUUGGGGCUUUUAUUAUUUCACUGGCAAUGAAGAAAUGUGGAGGACUGUCACUUGUCGUAACGUGCAUCUUAUAUUUAUUGUUGAUCUCAAACGCGUAUAAAGACUAUACGGAAAAUUGGAUAUUGAAGACCGGAGUAUCAUUACAUAAAAAGUUGCAGUGCUUUUAUGAAAAUCGGAAUUGUAUAAAUGCAUCCUGCAACCACAUGAGUUUAAUAAGAUGUGAAGGGAUGAAUAAUUUUUCUUUCCACGUCUCAUUAUUCAUCCUGCUCUGCAUUAUAACAGCUUUGAACUUCAUGACCGUUGUAGCUUGGAUGAAAGAUGAAAGGUAUGUAACACAAAAAUGCCUGGUUAUAUCCAGUCCGUCGUAG